GCAGCUGACGCCCCAGGCGCCCUCGAUUCCGGCUGAGUGCCCCAUACCCUCACUGAGGCGGUACCAUGCAGCCCCAGUCUGUCCUGCACAGUGGCUACUUCCACCCACUGCUUCGGACCUGGCAGGCAGCUGCCACCGCCCUCAACGCCUCCAACCUCAUCUAUCCUGUCUUCGUCACGCCCUGGGCUUGGCCAGGCAGGGGAGCCAGACACAGGAUCCCAUUCUCCUCCCACCAUCUCCACUGCCAUAUUCCUUCCCAUCCCCCAACCAUCCCUCUCGUCACCCUCUCACCCACUGGUCCUUCCUACAACUACCAAUCCAUAGCCCACCCCCACUCUUGCAGGGAUGUUCCUGAUGACAUACAACCUAUUGCCAGCCUCCCGGGAGUGGCCAGGUAUGGUGUGAACCGGCUAGAGGAGAUGCUGAAGCCACUGGUGGAAGAGGGCCUGUGCUGCGUCCUGAUCUUUGGCGUGCCCAGCAGAGUUCCCAAGGAUGAGCGGGGCUCUGCAGCUGACUCUGAGGACUCUCCAGCUAUUGAGGCAAUCCGCCUGUUGCGGAAGACCUUCCCCAGCCUCCUGGUGGCCUGCGAUGUCUGCUUGUGCCCCUACACCUCCCACGGUCACUGUGGGCUCCUGAGCAAGAAUGGGGCGUUCCAGGCCGAGGAGAGCCGCCAGCGACUGGCAGAGGUGGCACUGGCUUAUGCUAAGGCAGGAUGUCAGGUGGUAGCCCCGUCGGACAUGAUGGAUGGACGCGUGGAAGCCAUCAAAGAGGCCCUGAUGGCACAUGGACUUGGCAACAGGGUGUCAGUGAUGAGCUAUAGUGCCAAGUUUGCAUCCUGUUUCUAUGGACCUUUCCGGGAUGCGGCUCAGUCGAGCCCUGCUUUCGGAGACCGCCGCUGCUACCAGCUGCCGCCCGGAGCACGAGGCCUGGCCCUCCGCGCAGUGGACCGCGAUGUAAGGGAAGGAGCUGACAUGCUUAUGGUGAAGCCAGGAAUGCCUUACCUGGACAUCGUGCGGGCGGUCAAGGACAAGCACCCUGAGCUCCCUCUCGCCGUAUACCACGUUUCUGGAGAGUUUGCCAUGCUGUGGCAUGGAGCCAAGGCCGGGGCGUUUGAUCUCAAGGCCGCCGUCCUGGAGGCCAUGUCUGCUUUCCGCAGAGCAGGUGCUGACAUCAUCAUUACCUACUACACGCCUCAACUGUUGCAGUGGCUGAAGGAGGAGUGAGGGCCAGAGUGUGCCAGACCCAAGAACCAGAACUUAGCAGAAUUCCUAGGGACUUGGAGAAGUGAAAACCAAAGUAAAUGCUGCUUUUAGAACUGUG